AUGGCAGAACCAUCGACAUCUGUCGAGCUAACACCAGCUCCCCCGAUAUAUGAUGCAUCAAGGCAGACUUCUGGCCAGAACACCCCUCGAAGCCAUUACAAUUCGGACCGGGGACUCAUCUCCGGGGAGGACCAGAUACCUCCAGAUGGCACGGCAGAGUUCUUUCUGCCGCCUGUCGAUAGGGGGAAGGAUGCCUGGCUUUUCUUAGCGGCGUGCUUUGUUCUGGAGGCGCUGGUCUGGGGGUUCCCAUUCUCCUUUGGUGUCUUUCAAGACUACUAUCGUACACACGAACCCUUCUCAAGGUCAUCCAAGACUGCUGUGAUCGGCACCACUGCAAUGGGUAUCAUGUAUCUCGAUAUUCCAAUCAUUAUGGCCUUUCAACGGAUGUAUCCUAAGCCCACCCGAUACGCACCCGUGGUCGGCUUGAUGUUUCUGUGUAUUGCCCUCGCCAUCUCCUCCUUCUCGCAAAAUGUCACGCACCUCAUCCUCACCCAAGGAGUCCUCUAUGCCAUUGGCGGCUCCAUCUGCUACUGCCCCUGCAUGCUCUAUAUGGACGAAUGGUUUGUCAAACGCAAGGGUUUUGCGUAUGGAGUGAUGUGGUCCGGUACUGGACUCGGCGGAUUCGUCAUUCCUCUCCUCCUCGAAUACUUUCUCAACCGGUACGGAUUCAGGACCACGCUGCGGAUAUGGGCACUUACCAUGUUCGUCUUGUCUGCGCCGCUGGUCUGGUUCAUCAAGCCACGGCUGCCCGCUUCCGCUACGGCUCACUUCAGACCUUUCAACCUCAAGUUCCUGGCAAACCGGUACUUUGGCUUGUACCAGCUCACCAACAUUGUGGAGGGUGUUGGCUAUUUUCUUCCGGGCAUUUAUCUGCCCACAUAUGCGAGAAUAACUUUCGGCGCUGGUGACUUCCCGUCGGCGCUGACGCUGCUCGUGCUCAAUGUCGGCUCUGUCAUUGGAUGCAUCGUCAUGGGUACUCUGACUGAUCGUCUCCAUGUGACGACGUGUAUUGGAAUUUCCACUAUCGGCACUGCGAUUGGCACGUUCUUCCUUUGGGGACUGGGAACGAACUUGGCCUCGCUGUACGUAUUCUGCGUCACGUACGGGUUGUUCGCGGGCUGUUAUACAUCGACUUGGCCGGGGAUUAUGAAGCACCUCAUGUCAAUCGGCGGUGGAUCUAGGGAAGAGAAUGGGAGCCCCAGCAGUUACGAUCCCCUGAUGGUGGUCGGUCUGCUGUCCGCUGGGCGAGGUAUUGGGAACGUUGUCUCGGGGCCAUUGAGCGAGGCGUUGCUCAAGGGGAUGCCGUGGCAAGGACAAGCUACGGGAGGAUAUGGCAGUGGAUAUGGGACUCUGAUAGCUUUCACUGGAGCAACGGCCGUUGUUGGAGGGGGAAGCUUCAUGUUUCGCAGGAUUGGGUGGUUGUAG